AUGGCACCGGCGUUCUUCUCGGCCUUGGGACUCUUGUCCAUUUUUCAACUUGCUGGACUGGUAGCUGCGGACCCCCAAAACAUCGAUCUUUGUGGUCAAUCGGACUGGUGGAACUCAACUGAAGUUCCAUAUUCAUUCAACAAUAACGCCUGGGGUAAUGACAGCUCGGGCUACCAAUGUAUGUCCGUCCACGAUGAUGGCCGGAGUUUCAGUGUCUCCUACAAAUGGACCGGAGAUGCAUCUCUUGUCAAAGGGUAUCCUUACAUGAAAGCUCACCCUACGAGGCUCCCUGUUCAGUUAUGGAAUGUCACUCAAUUGCAGGUUACUGGCAGUUGGCAGACCUACGUUACCGGCGAGGAAAGCGCUAGUGCUGAGCAGCAGGCCCAGGCUUUCAACGACGUUUCACUUUACGCCAACGUUGCUGUGGACAUGUUCCUGUCCGACAACAAGGAGAACUCAACUAUGUCUACUCCCGACAAAGAUACCGUGACUAUCGACGGCACACCUUUCUCGUUAUAUCACGGCUGGAAUGAUGGAGGACAGCACGUCUUCUCGUGGCUGGCUCGCAGCAACCUGACCAAGACCGAUGCAGACUACGGCCCCUUACUCACCUACAUCUGGAAGAAGGGUAUGCUGUCCGGCGCAAUAUGGCUAGGGCAACUCGAACUGGGCACCGAGAUCAAGCACGCCGCAGGCGACAUGCAUUUCGAAGCCAGCAACUACACCUUGAAGGUUGUUAGACAAGGAGACCCAGAAGACAAAGUGACAUCGACGUCUACGACUCGGGCGAGUGCCAGCAAGACAGCAACGACGACGGCGGUCAUGAUGACAGCUGCAGCCGAGGCCGCCACCACUUCCGCGCCGUCUCCAACCAGUACCAAUGGAGCCUCGGCUUUGUUGCCCGCCAGUCUCUCAACAGCUUCGUGGAUUUUACUUGUUACAGUGUUGUUUCAGUAA